UCUUCUAAUUCAAAAUGUCUCCAGAUUGGGUAAAAGUUCUCAAGGAAAAGAGGGAUUUUCAAGGAUUUUAAAAUAAGUGGCACUAAGAUGGUACCGAAUGUAGGUCGCCGGUACAACAGGUUUUUCUGGAGAACACUUGUCUGGAAGCUCUGAAUUGUCUGCAAAUUUUGCAUACUCUAGUUUGAAAAUGUAGAAAACAGACAACAAAAUGGCGGACUAUCAUGACAGCGAACCUCUUGUUGACCAAGGAGAAGUAGAGAUACCAAGAACAAGAUCGUCCAUCAUCCACCGGGUCGGACACUUCAUCUUCGUGAGCGCCGUCGUCACCCCUUCAGUCCUGCUCUUCUGGCGCGGCAGUUUCAGCCUCCUGGAACAAUACCUACCCGGAGAGGAGUCUGCUCGCCCAUGGUUGGCUCUCGCUAUCGGCAGCCCUGUUGUUCUCCUAGCAGGACUCCUACAACACCACAUGACGAGGUUAGGACGAUGGAUCAGAGGCAAAAGCUACUUCUUGUACCGAUUGUUCGUUGGCGCGUAUUUCUACGUGGUGGCGUUUGCUGUAGUUGCCCAGUGGGUGGCACUUUGGGACUUACCUGUAUACCUCAUACCACAAAUGGACAACGCGAAGGGACAGGGUAUACGGGCAGUACUUGCCUUUGUUAUCAUGGUCUUCCUUCGCACGGUCGGGCAAGGUAGGGCGUGCCCCGUUGAUGCCUCCUUCGACUGCGAUCCCGAGCCUUUCCGAAUUCCUCUCCGAUUCCGCACGGACAGAGCCGAACGCUGUUCGGGAAAGUUCGUCCUCGACGUCGUGUUCUCGCUCUUUGUCAUAGACCUGAUCACCGUCCAGAAUUGGGCGGGAACCUGGAGUCUGCUCGAUUACGCCGUACUCCCCGACGACCCAUGUCUGUCCUCCUGGGUCUCUCUGGUGGUAGGCUACACCCUCCACCUCCUGGUAACCGCCAUCCAGUUUCCCCUAUACACAGCCUCCAAACGUCUGAGAGGAGAAAGACUAGACGUUUACAAGAGACUGGCGAUCGAGGACACGUUCGGCCUUGUGGUGAAUUUUGCCGUGAAUAACGUAUGGAGGGGGCUGUGGGGUCUCUACGACUGCUACAUCCUGCCCGAUCAGCCCUGGGAAAGUUUCUGGCUAACUCACGGAGUAGGCGCGGCUGUGUGCUUCCUGGUUUGUGCGGGAAGUAGUAUGGGAAGGCCCGCGGUGACUGUAGACGGGGAGGCCGGCGACGGGACGGGCCUGCUGCUCAACGUGUUCACCGGCAUGGCGGGCCUCCAUGAAAAACAGUGUCAGCCACUGAUCGGAGCAUACCCUGGUUAA